GGGCGGGCGAGCCAGCGGCACAGCGCGGGCACCGCCGACAGCAGCGCCAGCACCGGCGCCAGCACCGCCAUCUUGACCCGGCCCGGCGGCCAAUGGCGGGCCGCGCCGCCGCACUUCCCGUGCGCCGGCGGGCCAAUGAGGAACGAAGAGAGGAGCGACCAAUCCAAAGGCCGGGAGCGAGUGUCCCUUAGCAACCGGGGCGGUGGGCGGGGCCUGGGCGGCACUCUGCCAAUCGCGGCGGGGCGGGGCGGCCCCGCGCGGGGCACGCCGGGAACAUGGAGAACUUCUCGGCGCUGUUCGGCGGGGCCGAGCCGCCGCCCGCCGCUGCCGCCGCCGCGCUGGGCUUCGGGCCGGCCAAAGCGCCGGGCGCCGGGGCCGCGCCGCCCCCCGCUGCCGCCGCGCCGCCGCCGGGCGAGGACGCGGCCCGCAAGGCCGCCGCCGGCCCCUUCUACCUGCUGCGGGAGCUGCCAGGCACGACGGAGCUGACGGGCAGCACGAACCUGAUCACGCACUACAACCUGGAGCACGCCUACAACAAGUUCUGCGGCAAGAAGGUGAAGGAGAAGCUCAGCAACUUCCUGCCCGACCUGCCCGGCAUGAUCGACCUGCCCGGCUCGCACGACAACAGCAGCCUGCGCUCCCUCAUCGAGAAGCCCCCGAUCUGCGGCAGCUCCUUCACCCCCCUCACCAGCACCAUGCUCACGGGGUUCCGCCUCCACGCCGGCCCGCUGCCCGAGCAGUGCCGGCUCAUGCACAUCCAGCCGCCCAAGAAGAAGAACAAGCACAAGCACAAGCAGAGCCGCACACAGGAUCCCGUCCCCCCGGAAACCCCCUCGGACUCCGACCACAAGAAGAAGAAGAAGAAAAAAGAGGAGGACCCUGAGCGGAAGAGGAAGAAGAAAGAGAAGAAGAAAAAGAAGAACCGGCACAGCCCGGAGCACCCGGGCGUGGGCAGCUCCCAGGCCAGCAGCAGCUUGCGGUGAGGCCGUGGAUCCCCCGGCCGCCGGGAACGGCACCGGCUGAGCUGGGAGGACUCGCCCCUCCCGCAGCGCUCGGGGCGGAAUGACCCCCCCAGCAGAGAGGACACCCCCAGCCCACGGGACCAGGGGACACGGACUCUGCCGGAGCUGGGGCCGUGGCCUCAGCCUUUUAUACCCAAAGAACCCGGGGCGUCGGGGCCUCUCUUUUUUAGUCACCUUUUAAUUAAAGUCUCUGCUCUGAGGA